AUGUCUUUGGAAUAAAAACAAAAUUUACUUGUGAAAGAAAUCAUUGAUAAAGGAUUUAAUAUAGACAACUUCUAAAAAUUCAUAGACUAGCGACAUGAUUUGGAAGAAUGGGAUUAUGAUGAAUUAGUAGAUGUGAUUAAAAAAUUCUAAGAUCAAUAGAACGAUUACUUUUAAGUACUUAAAUGUAAUAGGACAAUUCCAAAUGCAAUAUCUAAUUUAGAAAAUUUGGCAGCUACAGUAGUUGGUUAUGAGAAAGUAUAAAAAGGUAUUUUCAUGAGUACAUAUGUCUAUUUCAAAAUUGAAACAAAACCUAUAAAUUGGGUUGUAAAGAGGACAUAUGAGGAAUUUAUAGCACUUAAGAAUAUGCUUAAUAAACAUUAUAAUGUGCCAAAUAUACCUAAUUAAAGAAAAUCACCUGUUGAGUUUACUUAUAUAAAGUAAUUAAGACAUUUGCAAAUGUUCUUGAAUUUUAUUUUAUUAGAUUAAGAAAUAAGAAGCCUUCCUGUUAUUCAAGACUUUUUAUCUCUUGAUUAAUUUCAACCAAAUUAAGUAAUUCCUUAUACAACUUUAAGUGGAGAUUUUGGUAUCAGAAUUAAUAAGUAAAUUUCUUGUUUUAUAAAAUAAUCUGAUUAUUUCUUAAAUAAUGUUACACCUUUGUAAAAAAAAGCAUAUAAAUUAGUAAAAUAGUUGAUGAAACAUAUGUAAUAGUAAAAUCAAACCUUGUUCUAAUUAUCAGAUGUAUAUAAAGAAUUAUUUAAAGAGUCAAAAGCCUAAAAUGCAAGGUUAAAAGAUUGCUAUAUUAUAGCAAGCCAUCUAUUUGAAUAAUUGUCUAAAAUACAAACAGAUAAUAUUAAAAUAUUGAAUGAAACAAUAUAUGCAUAGUAAAGAUUUCAAUUUCAUUAAAUAAUACCUUUGAAGGAUAUUUUGAAUUAAAGGGAAAAACAUUAUAAUUAAGUAUUUGACUUUUCAAAUAAAUUAAAAUCAAAAAAAGAAAAAUUAUAUUAAUAAGGAGAAGUUGUUAAAUGGGAUUUAGAUGAGAGUUAUCUUGAUAGUUUUAAAUUAGAAUAAAUUAAAUCAACUCCAUAAAUUGCAUUUUAAUGCAUGUGUAAAACUGUAAAAAAUACAAAAAAUAUAAUAGGAUAAUUCUCAUUUAUAAGUUCUUAAAAAUUAAUUUGGUUAGAUUAAUUUGAGGGCAUAUGAAACAAUAGACUAUGUAAUUAAAUAUGCCUCUACUCAAUUUAAAGAUCAUCUUGAAAAAUUUGCCUAAUUGAUGACGACAUCUAUUAAUUAAUAUCAAAAACUAUGGACUGACACAUUAGAAAAUUUAGCUGUAUCAUGA